AUGAACGCAAGAAUACCCUUUAUGAAAGCAACGAAGCCAGUGAAUCGUAAAGCUUCCUCCAUGGAUGCCAGGAAACAGCUGGCGCUGGCCGCGGGGGACAUGCGACUGGCCGCGGCAACGAACGUUACUGAAUUAGUGGUCGUUCGAUUUGCUCCCGAAAAGCAGAUAAAGGCACCAUUCCCUCCAAUCCUUCUCUGUGCAUCUUCUAGCAGUGGCAUGCUCGAACUGAAGAAGCAGGAACCUGCAAAAGGGCAGCGCUGCCCUUGUCACAGGUCAGGAGUUGCCGGCUGGGAGGGUGGGCCACUGCCACCUUUUGCUUUGAGGUGCCACAUGGUGCCACUAUCCACCUACAGGGCCUACAUAUUCUCAACGCGCAGCAGUUGUUGCCGUUCCUUGCGCAGCUCAAGCCAGGCGGUAGGGCCGUCAGGAGGCAUACCGGUUGCGGCACGAGCUGAACGAGGUAAUCGCAAGACGCACAGGGCACGUUUGGGCAAAUCGUUCGCCACUUUCCUGCAAAACACUUGGCUCGGCAUCACGAUCCCACAGGCACAGGGGAACACAGUGGCAAGGGAACCCUUUCAGCUGCGACAGCUGCUCAGCUGUAGAGUUCAGAGUGCGAGGCACGAGCUGCGCAAGGAACGGCAACUCUGCACUGAGGCCUUUGGAAUUUGA